CUGGCAGCCAGUCCCCUUACAUCCGCUAUCGGACAAUAACAACACGUCUGCCAGUGAAGAGCUCGGAGCGUGUGCUGUGAGUUAUAUGCCAGUGCUGAAAGAAUGUUUUAGGUGGUUUAAUACUCAAGUGGUCGACGGGCUGCAUACUGAAGUUGGAUCUUUGUUAUUGGAGGCCUGGUUUUAUUGGCAAUAAUGAACUCUGUGUUUUGUUUACUUCAACUAGUCAUUCUAGCAGGCACUGCCUGGGCCUCCACUGAUGAGACACUUUUAGUCAAAAAACUCUUCACUGGCUACAAUAAGGUCGUCCGUCCUGUCAAUCACUUCAAGCAGCCGGUGGUUGUGACUGUGGGCCUUCAGCUCAUCCAGCUCAUCAGUGUGGAUGAGGUCAACCAGAUUGUCAGCAGCAACGUGCGACUGAAGCAGCAAUGGGAAGAUGUAAACUUGAAGUGGAACCCACAGGAUUACGGCGGCAUCAAAAAGAUCAGAGUUCCCUCCACUGACAUUUGGCGGCCUGAUCUGGUUCUCUACAACAAUGCUGAUGGAGACUUUGCCAUCGUCCAUGAGACCAAAGUGCUGCUGGAGCACACAGGAAAGAUCACAUGGAACCCGCCUGCCAUCUUCAAGAGCUACUGUGAAAUCAUUGUGCUGCAUUUCCCCUUUGACCUGCAGAACUGCAGUAUGAAGCUAGGGACCUGGACCUAUGAUGGAAACCUGGUUGUCGUCAAUCCAGACAGUGACCGCCCUGAUCUGAGUAACUUCAUGGAAAGUGGAGAGUGGGAGAUGAAGGAUUUCCGCGGCUGGAAGCACCAGGUGUACUACGCUUGCUGCCCGGAAACCCCUUACCUGGACAUCACCUACCACUUCCUCAUGCUGCGCCUCCCACUGUACUUCAUCGUCAAUGUCAUCAUCCCCUGCAUGCUCUUCUCCUUCCUGACUGGCCUUGUGUUCUAUCUUCCUACAGACUCUGGUGAGAAGAUGACCCUCAGCAUCUCUGUCCUGCUGUCUCUGACUGUGUUCCUGCUGGUCAUUGUGGAGCUGAUCCCUUCUACCUCCAGUGCUGUACCACUCAUUGGGAAGUACAUGCUCUUCACUAUGGUCUUCGUCAUUGCCUCCAUCAUUAUCACUGUCAUCGUCAUCAACACCCACCACCGCUCCCCCAGCACUCACACAAUGCCAGACUGGGUCCGCAAGGUUUUCAUUGAAACCAUUCCCAACAUCAUGUUUUUCUCAACAAUGAAACGCCCAGGAAAGGAAACGCAGGCUAAACCCAGCCUAUAUGGUGCUGAUUUUGACAUCUCAGAGAUCUCAGGCUACCAGGCCUCUUCUGUUCCCUAUCAGUCGCCCAUGAUUAAGAACCCUGAUGUCCGCAGUGCCAUUGAAGGAGUCAAAUACAUCGCAGAAACCAUGAAAUCGGAUGAGGAGUCCAACAAUGCUGCAGAAGAGUGGAAGUUUGUAGCCAUGGUGUUGGAUCACAUCCUGCUCUGUGUGUUCAUGGCAGUGUGUCUGAUUGGCACAUUAGGCGUGUUUGCAGGCCGUCUCAUUGAGUUGAGCACGAUUUGAAGUCCUGUGCAUCAUGUUUUACCGGUCUGACUUUGAACAAUAGCUGUUUGUUGCUCAAUGUUAAAUGGUGUACACAAUAGCUUCAGCAUAUGUCUGCCAAAGCAGUGUUGCUUUUCUUUUUUAAAGUUAUAUAUAUAGGCUGCUUGCAAUUGGAAUAUAUUCUUUGACAUGUUUGUAGUGAACAACUGAAUGAAAAAUAAAACAAGUUGAUCAGGCUGA